CACGCCCCAACCACAGACCGGACCGGAGCAGGACCAGCGCGAGCCGAGCGGCGGAGGCCGGAGCGCGUGCCUUCAGUUUCGACUCUCCCUCCCUCGCUCCAGCUUUUCCCGUGGAAAAACUCUCCCCUUUUCCGCCUCCCCCUUUCUUUCCAAGUCCAACCUAAACCUCAGCCCCCCUUCCCCUCCCCCCGCCUCUGCCCCGCACGCCACACCACAGCACCCACCUCUCCGGACGGGCGCCCGUCGCCGUCGCCGUCGCCAUCGCCUUUUCCCCCUCCCUCCCUCCCCGCGCCGGAUAAGUAGUACGCACUCGCUUGCAAGGGACGCCGGACCUCGAGCUCCCACCGGCCGGCAGAUUGAUUCCUACACCAAUUCCUGCGAGCCAGAGCGAGGGACAAGCCCGCCCGCGGCCGUGGGCGUCGAGCGGUCCGUCCGACGCGCAUUCGGAGGGCGAGGCCGUGCGCUACCACCGGGGGAUGGGGAUGGAUCAGGGGGCGGAGGAGGCGCGGCGGAUGGCGAGCCUGCAGGCGGCGCGGAGCGCGCUGCGGGCCGGGGUGGAGCGGUCGCGGGCGCUGAGCCACGCGCUGGCGCGGACGGGGGCCCGGGUCGGGGAGAUCCAGGCGCGGCUGGCGGCCACGGAGGCCGGGGUGCGCCCGAUCCGCGCGCCGCGGGACGCGCUCGAGGGGGCCGGCCCCAACAUCGACCGCGCCGUGGGGCCCGCCGCGGCCGUCCUCAAGGUGUUCGACGCCGUGCACGGCCUCGAGCCGCCGCUCCUCGCCGGGGCCGCCGCCCGGGAGGACCUCCCGGGCUACCUCGCCCUCGUCGCCCGCCUCGAGGAGGCGCUCCGCUUCCUCGCCGACAACUGCGGCCUCGCCGUCGACUGGCUCUCCGACAUCGUCGACUACCUCGGCAAGCGCAGCCUCGCCGACCCCCGCUUCGUGGCCGGCCUCGCCGGGGCGCUCUCGAAACUCAAGGGCGUCCCCGCAGCCGACCUCGACGCCGGCCUCCUCACCGCCGCCCUCGACUUGCUCGAGGCCGAGUUCUGCCGCCUCCUCGCCGAGCACUCUGCUCCGCUCGCGAUGCAGGAGGACCCCGACAAGGCCAAGCCCGCACCCGCCUCCAUCACGCCGCCGAGGAUCCCCGCCGCCGCCGUGCAGAAGCUGGCCCUCACCCUUGACCGCCUCGCCGCUAAUGGGCGGCUCAGCUACUGUGUGGCGGCGUACGCCGACGCUCGCGGGGACACGGUGAGCGCCAGCCUCCACGCGCUCGGCCUGGAUUACCUGCAAGACCAGACGCAGGAUGCUCAGGCGCUGAGCCCGAGCGUCGAGCUCUGGGGCCGGCAUUUGGAGUUCGCGGUGCGCCACCUAUUGGAAGCUGAGCGGAAGCUCUGUGUUGCUGUCUUCGAGCGCCGGCCAGAAGCCGCGGCCGCUUGCUUCGCGGACAUUGCGGCGCGCGCUGGAAUUCUUGAUUUCCUCAAGUUUGGCCGUGCCGUGGCUGAUGCCAAGAAGGACCCCAUCAAGCUCCUGAGGCUGCUUGAUGUGUUUGAUUCUCUCAGCAAGCUCAGAUUGGACUUCAACCGGUUGUUUGGUGGAAAGGCAUGCCUGGAGAUCCAAAGCAGGACCAGAGAGCUUGUGAAGAGGGUGGUGGAUGGCUCUGUUGAGAUUUUUGAGGAGUUGCUGGUGCAGGUGGAGCUGCAGCGCAAGAUGCCACCCCCAGCUGACGGCGGAGUGCCAGGCCUGGUUACCUUCGUCCCCAAGUACUGCAACCAGCUCCUUGGGGAGCAAUAUCGGCCUGUGCUCACACAAGUGCUCACCAUCCACCGCAGCUGGCGCAAGGAGGCGUUCAACGACAAGAUGCUCGUCGAUGCAGUGCACAACAUUGUUAAGGCCCUGGAGGCCAACUUCGACACAUGGGCAAAGGCGUAUGAGGAUAAGACACUGUCAUCUCUCUUCAUGAUGAACACACAUUCGCACUUCUUCAAGCACCUGAAGAGCACUAAGAUGGGGGAGAUCUUAGGUGAUGAGUGGCUCCGGGAGCAUGAGCAGUACAAGGACUACUACUCAGCAUUGUUUCUAAGGGAGAGCUGGGGAACGCUUGCGCCGCUGCUGAGCAGGGAGGGUCUGAUCUUGUUCUCCAAGGGUCAGGCUACAGCAAGGGACUUGGUGAAGCAGCGGCUCAAAUCGUUCAAUGCCAGCUUCGAUGAGAUGUACCAGAAGCAGUCCGCGUGGAUCAUACCGGACAAGGAUCUGCAGCAGAGGGUGUGCCACCUUGUGGUGCAGGCUAUAGUGCCUGUUUACCGUAGCUUCAUGCAGAACUACGGGCCGCUUGUCGAGCAGGACAUCAGCGCGAGCAAGUACGUCAAGUACAGCGCUGAAGGCCUUGACAAGAUGCUUAGCACCCUCUUCAUGCCGAAGCUUAGGACUAGGAGGACUGCAAGCAUGCAGAUCAGAAACUCAAAUGGCAAGAUUGCCAGUGCAGUGACUGGGCUGCAGCGGAGUGCUUCAACAUUGCAAUAGCAUCAGUUGAAGAAACUCCAGAAAGAUUGGAUGUACAGUAGUGUUGUGCAAUAACUGAAUAAUCAAAGAAUGAUCUAAUUUAUUUCGAGCCAGGCGUUGAAGAUCCCGGUUGUGCGGGAGACAUAGUAAUCGCUCGAUGAUAAUAAGAGCUGCUGGAGCAUAGUAAGAACAUAGACUUCUCCAGCACUGACAUAGUGGGGGGAGAAGGAAACUGAAAUCUUUCCUCAGAGCAUAUGGAUGCCCCCUUCCCCUAGAUCAUUAUAUUCGCAUUCUUAUCUCUAGCAUUCAUAUACUCUAUUUGUUUUAGGAAACUUAUGUGUGGAGCAUAAGAUGUGUAAUCAGUUGUCUGGUAUAUGUCAAAGAUUGGUUGUAAUUUAGGUGGGUAUUUAGUUGUUUUUAUCAAUGUUCAUUGAAUUAUAUGGAAGUAAGUGUAUUACUGCCUGUGACAAAAA